UAGCCGCGUGGGCGGCGAUGAGCGCCGAGGGAUCGCAGUCCCUGGCCGCCCCCCGCGGGCGACCUAGUCACCUACUGGUGCCCGCGCGGACCAAAACAGCUCUGGCCUUGUUGUAUGAUGAGGGGUUGGAAAAUGCCUAUGACGUCCGCCUGAAGUUGACAAAAGAGGUGCUGACUAUUCAAAAGCAAGAUGUCGUCUGCAUCGGGGGAGCUCCUUCUGGUGCUAAUGUGCAUCUUCUGAGAAAUGCUGGCGAUGACGUCACCAUCACGGUUGAGUAUCUCAGGGAAGCACCCUCAUUUCUGAAGCUGCCAUUAGGGUCCCCAGGGCCAUCCAGUGACCACAGCAGCAGAGCCUCAUCACCUCUCUUUGACAGUGGUCUACACCUGAAUGGACACUGCAGCCACACAGCUCCAUCAUCGCCUUCCUCGCCCAUAGCUAAUGAACCAAAGUAUGAGAAACGUUGGCUAGACACCUUGUCAGUCCCUUUGUCUAUGGCUCGGAUCUCCAGAUACAAAGCUGGAACGGAAAAGCUCAGGUCCAGUGCAUUGGAGGUGCUGGCCCUGGAUGGAGCCAGCACAGGACUCCUUCAAUUCUCCACUGCCCAGGACUGUGCUGACUGGUUGCGUGCAAUCUCAACCAACAUCAAUGACCUGAUGCUUCAACAUAUGAAAAUGGCAAAUAAAUGCUGUUCUCCCUGUGACCAGGUGGUGCACAUGGGAUGGGUAAAUGAGAGGCUCCAAGGAGCUGACAACAACUCUCAGAACUUCAGACCCAAGUUCUUGGCCCUGAGGGGCUCAUCAUUCUACAUUUUCAGCGCUCCUCCGGUAAGCACACUGGAUUGGGGACGAGCAGAACGUGCCUAUAACCUCUGUGAGGUGCUGUUUAAAGUUCACAAGUUCUGGCUUUCAGAUAACUACUGGCUGCAGGCAAACUUUUAUCUUGGGCUCCAAGAUUUUGACUGUGAAAACCCCAGGUCAUACAGCUUCAGCAUCCUGGCCAGCCAUGGCAAGAGCCACAUCUUCAGUGUGGAGCUGGGCAAUGAGCUGGCCGUGUGGGAAAAGGCAUUCCAAAGAGCAACUUUCAUGGAAGUUCAGAGAACUGGGUCAAAAACCUAUCUGUGCAGCUGGCAAGGAGAAAUGUUGUGCUUCACGGUGGAUUUUGCUCUGGGAUUCACCUGCUUUGACGGUAAAACAAAGAACGUACUCUGGAGAUUCAAGUUCUCUCAGCUUAAGGGAUCUUCAGAUGAUGGGAAAACUCGAGUAAAGCUGCUAUUUCAGAAUCUGGACACCAAGCAGAUUGAAACAAAGGAGCUGGAGUUCCAGGAUUUGACGGCGGUCCUCCACUGCAUCCAUUCCUUCAUUGCCGCCAAGGUGGCCUCCCUGGACCCUGUGUUCAUGGACAGCCAGAGUAUGGCAAGAAGAUACAUGUGCAGCAGCUAAAACAAGUCUGAAAAGCGCUACAAGGAAUCAAAUUAUUUUCUUAAGAAACAAAUCUUUCCUGCACAAUGUUGCAACUUUGUGUGGUUUUAUAAUGAGUCUAUAGUUGUGAUACCAAUAAAAACAUCACUAGUUUCACAAAUGGGUCAGACUGUUGAAUCUGACAGUGGGGUAUCAAUCUGACCAGGCACAGUGGUGGUAGGAACUCAGGGUCCUCUAAAACCAUCCCAUCCCAGCCUGUCUCAAACAGCCAGUGAUGUAAUGCUACAGUGUACUGCUAACAUUUGUGAGGUCUAGAUUUUAUUUUUGCAAAAUACCAGGUAGGAGAGUGAUAAGCCACCAUUUACUCUUUCUUAGGAGAAAUGGGCUUCCCACAAGCAAGUUGACAACUCUCCCUUUGUCAUGAGUGGGACUGGCAUUUGGGUUGUGAAAUGAAUAGGGUGAUAAAUGAAUAGAGAGAUGAGGGAAUUUGAAUUAUUUAGUUUUAUAUUAAAUGCUUACAUGUUUAUUAUGCAACUGAAUGAUAUAUCAUUUAAAUGUGAAUUCUAUUUUUUCCUAAUUAAUCAAAUACAGCACAUGCUUUGGUUUCCUUGUCUUUCAUAUUGUUUAUAACUUCUAAUCUGGGA